AUGGCUCGAAACGGUUACGACAUCACGUCCAAUCACGUCCCUGGUGCAUCCGACAACUGCAUGCACCCAAGAUUCCAAACGAAGAUUGAAGCGGAAGAAUACGGCGCAAGACUGAACGCUGUCAUCGAAGAAGGCGUCUGCUCCCACGACAGUCAAACGUGUAUGCUGCAGAAUUACCAGGUGUACGAGUACCGCCGCACCAAGACGCCGUCCUGGACCGUACGACUCAAGACACGCCGGCUCCGCUGCGAAGCCUCGUUCCCGUGUCCCAAUACUGCAAGCGGGUUCGGCUUUUGUAAGAAAGGCCUUCGGUACGCCGACUGCUAUGAGAACUCUCGAUUUUGA